AUGCAGCAGCAGCAGAACACUUCGAGGAAACAGUUGCCGUUUACUUCCAUGAAGCCGCCGUUUGGUGGCGGUGGCAGUGGCGGAGACUACCACCGCUUUGCCGCCGCUGAUACUCACCGGCCAGAUCAGGAAUUUGUUGAGACCGUGGUUGUGAAGAGGCUUCCUUCAUUAAAGCGAAAAACUGGGACAGUUGAUCAUGAAGUAGAAUCUGGUGAGCAAAUUGCAGGUGUUUCUGUCAUCAAAGGCCUUCUUCAGACGCCACCGUCUGCAAAAUCAGGAAAGGCCCCAAAAGCCCCAAGAUCAAAUAAAGCCAACAAAACUGUAUCUCGAAUUCCCACGGCAAAUGUUGGUUCACCUGGCGGCAAUAAUGUCACUCCUGCGGGCCCCUGUCGUUAUGACAGCUCUUUAGGUCUCUUAACAAAGAAGUUCAUUGAUCUGAUUAAACGCGCAGAAGAUGGUAUUCUUGACUUGAAUAAAGCUGCAGAUACUUUAGAGGUUCAGAAGAGGCGUAUAUAUGAUAUAACUAAUGUUCUUGAAGGCAUUGGUCUUAUAGAGAAGAAACUAAAGAACAGAAUCCAGUGGAAGGGGGUGGACGUCUCAAGACCAGGGGAUGCUGUUGAGAGUAUUUCCAGUUUGCAGGAAGAGCUGGAGAAUCUGAAUCUGGAGGAACACAAAUUAGAUGAGCGCAUAAGAGAAAUGCAGGACAAACUGAGGGGCCUGAGUGAAGACGAAAACAAUCAAAAGUGGCUUUUUGUCACUGAAGAAGACAUCAAAACCUUACCUUGCUUCCAGAAUGAAACUCUGAUAGCAAUUAAAGCUCCUCAUGGUACGACUUUAGAAGUUCCAGACCCCGAUGAGGCUGUGGAUUACCCACAGAGGAGGUACAGAAUAGUUCUUCGGAGCACCAUGGGACCCAUAGACGUUUAUCUUGUUAGUCAAUUUGAGGAAAACUUUGAGGAGAUUCGUGGGGUCGAGGCCCAAGCAAGCAUUCCCGAAGCAUCAGGUGCCAAUGCGAAUGAGCCUGCACCAUUACCAACAGAGGAGAUUAGAGGAAAUGAUACUCAGCUGCAGGAAAUAGAAGCUCAAAGAGUGUGCCCAGACGCUAAUAUAUCACAGGACUUCACGUCUGGAAUAAUGAAAAUUGUACCGGAUGUUGAUAGUGAUGCUGAUUAUUGGUUGUUGUCGGAUGCGGGUAUAAGCAUCACCGACAUGUGGAGGAUAGAAUGGAAAGAAAGAAUCGGGAAGAAAAAGGAAGAAGACGACGCCCGUUUCCACCUCUUGUUAUCUAAAAAAAAAAUCGAAUAUGGGUCGUCGGUUUGGCCAUCGGGCAUGGUCGCAGUUAGAGACACGGAUGAAAUCAUCAACAGCGUGGUCGCUGGCCUGGAUACUGGGGCGCACUACAAGGCGGCGGUGGGGUCGAGGUCCGUUGCCGUAGCUAGGGCCAUUGGAGGUGUGCUCGUAGGGCUCGCCGUCACCGAAAAACAGGCUAUGUAUAAGGUCUUGUACUUCCCUCAUAGUCUUAGUAGCUUUGGAGAAAAGUACUGA